AUGUCCCAUCGCAUUCUCGUAACCGGAGCAUCGGGCUACCUUGGCGGCACUCUCCUCGCACGCUGGAACACAGUCGCCCUACCCAGAUACGAGAAGCUCUUUGCCCUGGUGCGGACAGACGACCAGGCCCGCGCUGUGAAGCAACUGUACGACGCGGAGCCACUGCGAUUCGAUACCAGGAACGAAGCCGCCGUGCGGGACGCCAUUGUUUCGAACAACAUCACCGUAGUGUUCUUCCUCAUUGAUGCUAGCUCCGCAGAGUCGCAGAUCCUUUUCAUCCAGGCUCUUGCGGAGGUGAAGAGGAUCACGGGAAUCGCUGACGUCCACUUCUUACAUACCAGCGGUGCCAAAAUCUUCUCGAGCCACGCUGGAACGCCGCACGACCGAGAGCUCCCGGACACCACGCCGGAUUUAUAUGAGAUUCAGAAGGCGCAAACUCCGCGGCUCGCACCCUUGGGACCGGCUAUUGACGCGAACAACAAGGUAGUCGAGCUGGACGAUCUGCUCGGUGUGCACACUUACGUCUUUGUGCCCUGUAUCGUGUACGGCCAAGGCGAAGGGUUCGCCAACAAGGUCUCCAUUCAAACAGUUGCUAUCGUCAAGGCUGCCCGAGCGGCAAGGCGGGUGUACGACGUGAAUUCGACGGGUCAAGCGAUCUGGCCGGUCUGCCACGUCCGAGACAAUUCAGCACUGUACCUCCACAUCCUCCGUUCCAUACUGGCCGGGGAGAACCCAAGCCACGGAAAGGAAGGGUACUACCUCGCUGCAUCUGGAAGCGUCGCCUGGAAGGACUUAUAUACCGCCAUGGCGCAAGAACUCGCCGCAUGCGGAAUGGUGGAGAGCGCGGACGUGGUCCCGGCAAACGAAGAAGCCCUCGAGCUGAUGGCCAAAGGAUUGAACUGUCCUAGAGAGUUUGUCUCGUUGCAGUUGGCCGGGACAUGUACAUUCAUUGCCCGAAAUGGAGAGAAAUUGGGCUGGAAGCCCGAGUAUGUAUCAGGCCACAUCCUCGAGACUGCCGGCGAAGAGGUCAAAUUAAUCCUCGACGCUCUGAAGCUGUAG